CCUCGCCGCCGCCGCCGCCAUGGGCUACUCCGACCCCACUUCCAGCCGGGAUUUGCUGGGCACUCGAAGUUUGCUCUUCAUCUUCAUCUGCGCUUUCGCGCUGGUCACGCUGCUGCAGCAGAUCCUCUACGGCAGGAACUAUCUCAAGAGUGGGCUGCAGUUUAGCUGGCAGAGUGGAGAGGAAAUGGCCAACUGGACCAACAGCCUGAAUUUCACGGAUGGCAGAGCUCUGAAGAGUGGCACCGAUCCGGGCACCAGAUACUUUGAAUUUUACGAAGGCCCCUUUGACUACAACUCCACCAAAUGCCUGGGACUGAGGCAGGAUAUCAUUGAAGUGAAGGUGCUCUCGAUGGUGAAGCAAACAGAACUGUUCGAGAGGUGGAGGAACUUACAGAUAUGCAAAUGGGAGAUGAACAUCACCGAAGCCAAGCUCUUCAAGUCUACCUUGUCCCGGUGCUGUAACGCUCCUGCGUUCCUCUUCACCACCCAGAAGAACACUCCGUUGGGGACGAAACUGAAGUAUGAAGUCGACACCAGCGGGAUCUUUCACAUUAACCAAGAAAUAUUCAAGAUGUUUCCAAAGGAGAUGCCAUACUAUCGUUCCCAGUUUAAGAAAUGCGCCGUGGUUGGGAAUGGAGGCAUCCUGAAGAACAGCAGAUGCGGCCAGGAGAUCGAUCAAGCGGACUUUGUGUUUCGGUGCAAUUUGCCUCCCAUCUCGGAGAAGUACACAGCGGACGUCGGUGUCAAGACGGACAUUGUGACGGUUAAUCCCAGCAUCAUUACGGAAAGAUUUCACAAGCUGGAAAAAUGGCGGAAGCCCUUUUACGACGUCCUGCAGGCUUACGAAAACGCCUCGGUGCUGCUCCCCGCCUUCUACAACACCCGCAAUACGGACGUCUCUGUCCGGGUCAAGUACGUCCUGGAUGAUUUUGAGUCCCAGCAGGCCGUCUACUACUUCCACCCGCAGUAUCUCAUCAACGUCUCGCGCUAUUGGCUGAGCCAAGGCAUCCGGGCCAAGCGUGUCAGCACAGGCCUCAUCCUGGUGACGGCUGCCCUGGAACUGUGCGAGGAAGUGCACCUUUUCGGCUUCUGGGCGUUUCCCAUGAACCCUUUGGGGAUUUUCAUCACCCACCAUUACUAUGACAACGUCAAACCUCGGCCAGGUUUCCACGCCAUGCCUUCGGAAAUCUUCAACUUCCUCCACAUGCACAGCAAAGGGAUCCUGCGGGUACACACGGGCACCUGCAGCUGAUGGCAGACGGCGAACUUCGCUUUGUUGGUGCGCCGUGUAAAGGAAAAAGGAGGCGGCAAAGUUAACGGGGGAUCUGUGGCUGAGAACCGAGUCCCGGCACUGUUUUAGAGGCGGGAAGAGCGGGAGACUCUGUGGCUGAGAACCGAGUCCUGGCACGGUUUUGGAGGCGAGAAGAGUCGCCGCAGAGUGAUAUUUCCCUCUCUUGAGUUCUCGUGUUUGACACGAGCUCGCAAAAGGGUCGUUUGGUGGGUGAGUUUUCCCAUGCCACGUCGGAAAAGGAAACCCGCUUGUGGCCGUGUAGAUCGGCCCUGGACCUUUAACCUAGAACAGCUGGACGAGGUUAAGGAUAUUUAUGCAAUAAUGUUUGAAUUUUUUUAAAAAACUACAUUUCUUCA